CAGUGGAAUUAAACCUGAUCUGGCUCGGCCCAACUCUGAUCUAAUGCCAGUAAACUAGUGUUUAGGCCUUGAAACAAUAUAAACAAGGGGUUAUAGCCUACUUUCUGGUUACUAUUUGUUGGUUUGGUUUAGGCCCAAUACUCGCUCUAAGUGCUGCAAUGGUACAAAGCUAGAAAAACAGAGCUACAAAAUCGAUAGAGAAACCGGUAAAAAUACAGUGUGAUGAUGAGGUUGGUGGUAGUAUUAUGUUGGCAACGUUCUUUUUGAUCUUUUUUAAUUGGACCUCAUAGAGAGUUAUAAAACUAUAUUGUCAAUUUAAAAAGAAAAUUAGAGAGAUAAUUAUUAUGGUAAAAAUUCCUCACUUGUUUUUAUUGAUACACAAUCACACAGAAAAAAAGAGACAGAUGUUCUAAUAUUUAGUAUUUAGAAGAGUAAAACCCACGCUAAUUGUUAUUAGUUUUUAAUUAGUAUUGAGAGACAGAUGUUAUAGACUUAGAAAUCAAAUUUAACGUAGUGAUUCCCACGUUCUACCUUCCUCCUAACCUUUUUCUUCAUCACCACUCAAUAUCUGCAACAUUCUUUGUAACGUACAUGUAACUUCCCAACUUAAAUAUUUUUCUUGUGUAACCAACUUCGUUGCCGACCAAAAUUCCUUAGUCGCAAAACCUCUUUUCUUUAUGUUCAUCACAUUGUCCGAAACUUAUUGUUUUCUUUCUUCUCAAUGAAAUAGCAAGAAGACUGGAUCGUGUGAGGAGAGAUAGAGAGACUGAGAAGACGCCGCAAGCCCCAGCAUUGGUGGUUUGGCGGUGGUCGAGUCGUCCUGGAGCUGUCUCGUUGUUUCUCGACGGCCGAGAAGGAAGAAACCGAGCGGCUAACCAUGGAGAUUGGUGGUCCAACCAAUAUCCAACACGUGGCUCACGUGACCUUUGAUCGCUUCAACGGUUUCCUUGGCCUGCCUUCUGAGUUCGAGCCUGAUGUCCCCAAAAAGGCUCCCAGUGCAAGUGCAACAGUGUUUGGGGUUUCGACAGAGUCAAUGCAGUUAUCAUAUGAUUCGAGGGGGAACUGUGUUCCUGUGAUACUCUUGAUAUUACAGAGUAGGCUAUAUGAUCAAGGAGGCUUGCAGGUGGAAGGAAUAUUCAGAAUAACAGGAGAGAACAGUGAGGAAGAGUACGUAAGGGAGCAGCUAAACAAAGGGUUGAUACCUGAUGGGAUCGAUGUUCAUUGUCUAGCUGGACUUAUCAAGGCUUGGUUCAGAGAGCUACCGAGAGGGGUACUGGAUCCUCUACCAGCGGGGCAAGUGAUGCAGUGCGAGUCAGACGAUGAGUUUGUCAAGGUUGUGAGGCUCUUGCCUCAGACAGAAGCUUCUCUUCUCAAUUGGGCAAUCAAUCUCAUGGCUGAUGUAGUUCAGUUUGAGCAUGUUAACAAGAUGAACUCUCGUAACCUUGCUUUAGUCUUUGCCCCUAACAUGUCUAAGAUGGCAGACCCGUUGACUGCAUUGAUGUAUGCGGUUCAAGUGAUGAAGUUGCUGAAGAGCCUCACAGAGAAAAUCCUGGGAGAAAGGGGAGCCACGUCUUCUCAUGUUGAUAAGAGAUGUAGCAAUGAAGCCGAAGAAGGUGAGAAGGAAGAAGAGGAGGAGGAGGAAGAAAAAGAUGGUGUGUACAUAAUUGAGAGAGAAGCGCCAGAGAUAAUAAGAGUGGUUGUUGAUGAACACAAGGCAUGAUGCAUGAAGAUUGCGUUUGAAGGUUCUAGUACUUCUGAUUCAAAGGGAGUUCUAUAGCCACUCAUUUGCAAACCGAACCCCAUAUACAAGUGUAACUGAUGUUCUUUAUUAUAUUUUGUGUCUUGGUUGCUUGUUAAAAUAUAUUCGUGUAUGUAACUUCUAGGUAAUGUAGUUUGUUGUUGAAUGAUGAUAUGGUACAAGACUACUAAUUCUAUGGGAUGAUAAGCAACAUGUACAUGCCUUUCUACUUAUAGUAAGAUCAUUUUCAUUCCAACUCAAA